AUGGAUGCUAAGAAGUUAGUGGACAAUGCUAGAAAGAUCCUUGUGGAGGCCCAAUUAUUAUGUCAGGAGUCCAAUUCUCAAAUUUACACGUUUAGGAAUGAUUUGAGUUUAUGGCAACGACAAUUAAUGAAGUUGAAGUUUGUCAUUGGUUGUUUGAAACAGCAAGGUUCAUUCUUAUUGCAUUGUGUGCUAGAGAAAGGUAUAAGUGAGAAACUUAUUCGAGAUGAAUGGGGAAAUAACGUUUUAAAGGAGCUUGUUAGUGAGAUGAGGAUAUGGCAAGAUAAGAUCACAGAUCAAGUUUCUCGAUUAGAUCAAAUUGAUAAUGUGUUAGUUCAUACUGAAACUGGGACACUAAAUCCAAAGUUAUCGGAUUACAUUUCCAGAGAUAAUGUCAACAUAUUGGAUGAGAGGUUAAUGGAGAUGCCAGUCAUACAGAAACAGAUAGAAAGUAUAAAAUCCCAAUAUGCGAGUAUGCUAAAAAAGGUCAAGGAGAACGUCAAUGAGACUACAUUAAGGGAAAUAGAACUUACUUUGGAAGAUAAAUUUGGUAAUAACUGCCCUGAUACAAUAACACUGAGUGAAACUUGCCCUGAUGAAUUGGAUAAAUUGGAAAAAGACUUGGCCGAAUUUAUAAGCUCCAUUACAGAGCAUUAUGAUAAAACAAAACUGUUAGAAACAUAUGAAAAGAAAAAUCUAGAAAUGUAUGAAUCCCUCUAUGAAGUUGUCACAGAAGAUAAUAAUGAAUUGCCAUGUAUCAUGACAUCUUUAAAGGAAAAAAUCAGUUUGGUGGAUAGAACACUUCUCAAGUAUCAAACUGUUUGGGACAAGAAAAAGUUGGAGAAGAAAUUACUACAACAAAAUAUUUCGAAAAUGAACGAAGAAUUUAAGAAAUAUUAUGAAUAUUUGCAAAUAUUCAAGGAUAUUUCAAAUCUAAUAUCGACAUUCAAAGAAUCAUGCAUAGCCGAUAUUCAAAUGAUAAAGGAUUUAUUCCAAUUUUAUAAGAAUUUUGAAAAAAGUUAUGAAGAUCUUCUUGCAGAGGUAGAAAGGAGGAAACUCACGUGCAAGAAGAUGAAAGCAAUAAUUUUGCAAUGUGAGGAGAAGUUGCAAGCUCUAAGUGAAGAAGAUUUGGGGGCCCGUGAAUUGUUUUUAAACGAUAAUGGUAAUUAUUUACCAGAAAACAUUUGGCCAAAUAAAAUUGAUGAUUUUUCACCACUAUACCGGCUAGAAUAUCAUAUUGAAGAACUUUAA